AUGGAUUUGUCGUGGCCUAGUAUCACCAGUGAUGUCGUUGUGAUUUUACAGAGGAUGUUUAAGACACCUUUGCAGUUGGAAGCGUCUUUUGACAGUGAUGUGGAUGCUAGGGAUAUGUUACAGUCUUGUUGUCCUGACAUGGUACCUGAAGAAGUUGCCAAUGUUGCAGCAGACCUGGUGGUGUGGAGAGAGGACAAUGCACGGAGCUUCAAACGGGCUAGACGUGGAACUGUUGAGACAGCCAUGUACUUUUCUCAUGUUUCUCUUGGUGGUUCUGUUCAAGAUGCUUUCAAACAUAUCACACAGACUGACAUGCUGUCGUUGGUUGCAGCGCAUUCGAAGAGACGGCAGCGGGUCCUCAAGCUCGAGGCUGAGAAUAGGUCGAAGAGGAUGGAUGCCGAGAGAAAGAAAUAUAGCAUGUUAUUAGCACAGGUCAUUAUUGAGGCUAACCUCCCAGUUGCUGCAUUGAUUCAGACUCUUGAUGAUUCUCGUCAGGGAUGGUUGCAUUUGUUUGGCACUCGUCGUUGCAACACUUUGAAGAACAGGUACAAAGCAUGGCGUCCUUUUUCAGUUUGGUUGGAGUUGCAUGCUGGUAGGAAAUUUCCCAUCAAUGUCAAGGACAUCAUCGACUAUGUUCAGCACAGGGUUGAUGAGGGGUGCGGUAAGACUGUGCCAGAAUGUUUCCAUGUUUCACUUACAUUGAUUGAACAGUUGGGUCGUGUGCCUGAAGGUGAGAGGCUUUCCUCGGAGGAGCUUUGGAAGGCCCAUGUGAAGGCAUGGAGUGCGGAGCUUGCGGCUGAGUCAGAGCCUACAAAGCCAGCAGAGAUGUACACUGUGGCAAUGCUCAUUUCUUUGGAAUUGCAUGUGGUGGAUGAAACACGUCCCUUAUUUUCACGGGCUUUGGCAUGGGUUGUCUUGGUAAUGAUUUGGGGGUCAAUGAGAUGCGAUGACAUGCAGUGUGCACUUCCACACCGCACUCAUUUGUCCAACUUCGGACUUCGUAUGGUGCUGGGCAAGACCAAGACGUCGGGGCCUGACAAGGUGCAGAAAGAAGUAUCGGCACAUGUGUACCGCACUGUUUCGUUAUGUGGUGAAGACUGGCUGAAGGUUGGUUUCGACAUUUGGGAAACGGGUUCCAGGUGGAUGGGACGUCAACGCAACGACACUCUUGUUGCCAGACGGUUUGGAGACACAUUUCACAGUCCUCGCAAUUUUGUGACAUCUGUUGCUGCUGCAAUUGGUUUCCACAGGGAUCAGAGGGCCUAUUUAGGUCGCUGGGCAAUGGGAAUGGUGGCAUCGGAGGAGUACGUGAGGACUUCUCGCCAGGUGGUAUUUACAAUACAGAAGGCUGUGAACAGGUCUUUGGUUGUGGGUUUGGACAAUGAAUAUUUUGAAGAUGAGGCAAUUGACAGUUUAUGCAAAACGGCAGAGAACUCCGGGGCAAACCCCAACAGGAUCCGGAAGAGGCAUACUGUGAUGGGGCGCUUGAGUGGCAAGAAUUGCAUUGGGGGAGUGUUCCCCACCUUGGAGGUUCAACAGGACGAUUGGUUUCUGAUCGGUGACGUCGAGACAGACGAACAGGCAGUUGCGGUGAGAAUCCAGGAGCAGAAGGUGCGGAGUGAGGCUGCCAAUGCAAAGACACACAAGUUCUUUGUCACCAUUUCCAGACGUGCUGGGUUUCGCAGAUUGCACCUUACUGGUUGUUUUGUGAAGCCUUCGAAUUGCAUGGAGGUCAGGUUUCUGGAUGAGGUCACUGAAGAGGAUUUUGAUUCAAUCUGUAGAUCCUGUAAGAGAAAGAUGUUGAGUGAUGGCGGCAAGGAUGAACAGCAGGAGUCAAGCUCAACGGCGUCCUCUUCGUCUACGGUCUCAGUCAUCGGCCGUGCAAUGGCUGUUGACCCAGAUGCUGCAGAUAGGGAGUUCAUUGCGCAGAAUAUGGAUUCUGACUUACAAUUCAUUUUGUCGGACUCUGGAGUUUCAGUCAGGCGACAAGCGGCGAUUGCACGUUGCUAUGGGUCAUUGCGUAAGUUCAAUGCAAUUGGUGAUGACAGGGCUCAGAUUCGCACUGCUUGCCUUCAUGACUUCGCAGUGGCACAAGACACUCCGGAGAACAGGGCUGAGGUGGCAUCCAUUGUGGCGGCUUGGGAGACGGCCAAGGAGUUUGUCUCUAAGGAGGUGGAGCUCAGGGCCGAGGCAAAAGUGUUGGGACAGCCGAGGAUCCUUCAAGCCCACGAAAGACAGGCUAUGAUAAAGGCUGUCGAAAGGGUGCAUGGUGCCUUGGGUGAGUCAGAGACGCCCAGUGCAGACUACUUGGCGUUGAAAGCCGAGGAGACUGAGUUGAACGAACCAACAGCGUCACCGCUGGAUGAAGUUAUCAGCAAGAAGGACACCUCGAGCUCUCAAAUCCAGUCCUCUUUGGAUUCCUCUGGGCAUUUGCGUGUUGUGAGGACAAAGAACAAGUCGCGUAUGCCUACAACGACAGAGGAGUACCGCAAGGUGAUGAAAGUUGAGAUGUAUUCCUGGCUUUGUAUGUCAGCAAGGUACCGUGCAAAAAAUUGGUUGCACGACUUGGAGGCGGCGGAUUUCAACAAGUUUGUUGACUACAUCCUUGGUGAGAGGGUGUUGGGGAUACAAGUGCCAUCACCUCAAGGCGAUGGAGCACAACAGAAGAUCAGACCGGAUUGGGCCAUUGUCCUUUCUUAUGAGCAUAAGCUGAGGAAGGAAGCAUUCAGGCUUGUUACAAAUGAGGGCUACACGCUUUCUCAGGCCUUGAAAUCGGUGAUUAGGGACGCUGAUUUGAAGGAGUCCUUUUUCACGACACCAGUGGCAUUGCGUGCAGCCUCCUCUGCCGACCCCCCGGCGAGCAAAUGGCCGAGGUUUAACAACAAGGGCAGCUUUGGGGGCAAGUCCUAUCAGCAGGGACCCAAAGGCAAAGGCAGAGGCAAAGGCGGCAAAUCCAAGGGCAAGGACAGCAGAUUGGAUGGCUUGCAGUUAGCGUGGCGGACGCCAGCACACCCUCACGAUGCCCCUCCACCUAAGGUGAAGGUGAUGUACCUAUUUGCCGGGAAAAGACGGCAGUCAGAUGUGGCUUCUUUCUUGCAAAAGGCACACGAUAGCGGCCACAUUUCUUUGACUCUGAAGGAGUUCGACCUGGAGCUUUCACCAGACCAUGAUUUGACCAACAAGGUUUUAUGGGAUGAAAUUCUGGCAGCCCUUGAAGAGGGACAGCAGAUGCUUUUUAGGCAGGGUGUGAUGGAGUCCAUCAGUGAUGUAAGGAUGGAGGCGUUCAAGCUGGUGACAGGCAAGUUGCAGGUGUCACCGUUUCCUGAAUCUUGCUUGGUGAAGGUGAGAGAGAGGGUGGCUGGCCUGCUACCUGAUUGCAAGGGUGCGUUGGUGCGAGACCCGGGGCAACCCUUUUUCUUGCGGCUGCUGUCACAGUGGUUGGAGAUGUUUGAGGACCCAGACUUCCGUUGCUUGGUGAACGAUACAGAAUCUUUUGCAACUGGCGUCAACCUUGGGGUGGACAUACCCCUGCCAAGAUCACCACAGGUUUUCCCCGAGAAGCUGAAGCACCGAAAACUUGACUCGACAGAUUUCAACCCGAUCGCUGAAAACUACCCUUCAGCUCAGAUUUCUAGCGAGGAGUUGGUUCAGAAGUUUCGAGAAGAAGAAUCUUUGGGUAGGAUGUUUCCAUCCAAGCUUGGCGUCCUGAAGGAGAAGUAUGGGGACAGGCUGAGAGUGGCUUCAAUGGCAGCCAUAGCAAAGCCCGAUGGGGGGGUGAGACCGCUCCACGAUGCAACGCACUCCGUGAUGGUCAACCACUCCAUCAAGUAUCAAGACCAGUUGCAGUGCCCAGGACCGGCAGAGGUAGCAUCAGUUGUUAGAGAAGCAGUGGAGACAAAGGAGGCGUGCUUUUGCGUUUCAGCAGACAUUAAGGCUGCUCAUCGUUUGGUGAAGGUGAGGGAGGAGGACUGGCCGUACAUGUGCUGCAGAGCAGAUUCCCAGAGCGAUACUGUCUGGGUAAAUAAGACAGGCACGUUUGGCGUAGCAAGUGCGCCGUACUGGUGGGCCAAGCUUUUUGCAUGCAUUGGCAAGUUUGUUGGACACAUAAUGCAGGCGACAGUUUUUUGGCACCUGGUUUACGUGGAUGAUUUGCAUGGAGCAUUCGCAGGGGCUCAGAAGUUUGAGAUGCUAUGGAUCUGGCUACUGGCGUUUGAGCUGGUGGGGACACCUUUUGGAUAUCAUAAGUUCAGGGGCGGCUUUGCCUCAGAGUUUGUGGGGUAUCAUUUGCGUUAUGACAGGAAUGAAGUUGGCAUUACAACUCGAAGGGGAUCUUGGCUGGUGGAUUGGAUCCAGAGUCUGGAGAAAAGGAAUUUUGUUGUGGCCGCGCGUGAUUUCAGUGAAUUCCUGGGGAGGCUGGGGUUUGUGUCCCAGCUUUUGGUUUGGCUGAAGCCGCACCUCUCGCCACUUUUCGCUUGGAGUGCAGUGGCAUCUUCUGGACUGGUCGGCAAGUUGCCGGACACGGUCAUUUUGACUUUGAAGUACAUACAAAUGGAACUGUCGAACGAGUCGUUUAUGGUUUCUGCGCAAAGGCCCAAAGUGUUUGCAGAGGAACAGUUUCGUACCGAUGCCAAGUGCACUGACACCAAUGUGGUAUUGGGGGGCUGGGAGGUUUCCACACGCAGAUGGUUUUCAUUGUCUCUUACAAGGGAGCAAGUCCCAUUUCUGUUUAAGCCGAACGGCGGGGGCGCACAGUGGGCGUCAACCUCCGCCGAGCUGCUGGCAUCAUUGGCGGCCCUGAGGGCGUUUGGUUGGCUUGAUGGCGGGAGGACAAGGCGUACAAUGCAAUUCUCCAUCUUUGCUGGAACGGAUAACAGGGCAAACGAUCUAUUGUCCAACAAACGCUCGACUACGAAAUGGCCAUUGAUGUUAGUCAACAUGGAGCUUUCUUCAUGUUUAGCCAAGUCAAGGCUUACACUGGAUUUGAGAUGGAGGCCUCGUGAGGAAAAUCAAGAAGCUGAUGAGCUGACAAAUGAGAUUUUCACAAGCUUCUCCAUGGACGAUCGUGUCCCCCUCACCCUGGCAGAUUUAUGCCUGGAUUUGGUGAACAGUCUCUGGCAAACAAAGUUGCAGUUUGACCUGAUGAGAGAAGAUGCCAAGCGGCAUGCGGAAGGGAGCCCUCAGGGAAAGAAGAGGAAGCACGAUAAAACACCAUGGUGA